AUGCGGGCCCCGCGCACGGAGUGGGGGCCCCGCUGGCUGGGGACGCUGCUGGCCGCCUGCCUGGCCACCCUGCCGGCCGCCAGCGCCUGCCCCCGGCCCUGCGCCUGCCACGGCCCCGCAGAGCUCCACUGCACCUUCCGCUACCUGAGCGCCGCGCCCCCGCGCAUCCCGCCCGACGUGCAGCGCAUCAACCUGGGCUACAACAGCCUGAGAAAACUCAGCCCCACGGACUUUGCUGGCCUGGAGAAGCUGGAGCUGCUGAUGCUGCACAGCAAUGAGAUCAGCACCGUCCCUGAGAAGGUGUUCAGAGAUUUACGCUCGCUGCAGGUCUUGAAAAUGAGUUACAACAAGGUCAGAGUGCUUCAGCAGGAUGUAUUUUAUGGCCUGAACAGCUUGGUACGGCUGCAUAUGGACCACAAUCAAAUCGAAUUUGUGAAUCCCAAUGUUUUCUACGGACUCACCUCCUUGAGGCUGGUGCACCUGGAUGGAAAUUUCCUUCAGCAGCUGCACCCAGACACUUUUGUGACCUUGCGCUAUAGCCAAAUAUUCAGAAUUUCCUUCCUGAAGCACAUCUCUCUGUCUGACAAUGCGCUGACUUCACUGCCACAAGAGAUGUUGUCCUACAUGUCCGAGCUCGAGAGCAUUUACCUCCAUGGAAACCCCUGGUCCUGUGACUGCAGCCUGCAGGGGCUGGCAGGGUGGGCACAGGAGAGACCAGAUGUUAUAAAGUGCAGAAAAGAGAGAAAUUCUGGUGUCCAGCAAUGCCCGGUCUGUGCUAGUCCCAAAACUCACAAUGGGAAGAGUUUAGUGGAUCUCCCUUCUGCAUCUUUCACCUGCACGAAGCCAGUCAUCGAUGACUCCCUGAAAUCCAGGAACCUCUCGGUGCCAGACGACGGGGAUUUCAGUUUUGUGAGUCCCAAGGACUUGAUGGCUCCCAUAGGAUCUGUGGUUUUGAAUAUGACCGACCAGGCAGGAAAUCGCGGCAACUUGGUUUGCGAUGUCCAGAGACCUAAAGAAAUGUCUCCCAUCUCGUUUGACCAAAGCGGCCCCUGCAGAGUGCUCCAAGCCUCCUUCUCAGCAUUCCUGGUGUGUGGCAUCGAUUAUGGGCACAUCCAGCAGCUGUGGAGCAUCCUGGCCCUGUACAGCAGCUCUCCUUUGAAACUGGAGCAAACCGUGGGGACAGCUGAGGAGCCUUCUGUCAGCCACAGAUACAGGCAGGCGCACGGCGAGAAGGACGAGCUGUUCACCAGGGUGGAGGCCGAGCUGCGGGCCGAGCCGGCGUGGCUGCUGCAGAGGCAGGUGUGGCUGCAGCUGGACAGGACGGCCACCACGCUCAGCACGCUGCACCUGCGCUACGCCACCCACGCCCGGGUGGCCCUGCCCAGCCAGGACAGGGAGCAGGGCAGCCACGGCUGGGCCCUCAUUGCCAGGGACAACGGCACCCAGACGGAGCACACGGUGCUGGUGGGGGGCACGGUGCAGCUGGGGUGCCAGGCGGCCGGGCAGCCAGCUCCUGCCGUGGGGUGGAUACUGGCCGAUGGCAGCAGGGUGCGAGCCCCCCACAUCAGCGAGGAUGGCAGGAUCCUGGUCCUCAAGAGCGGGCUGCUGACGCUGAGGACAGCUGACGUGUUCGACUCGGGGCUCUACCACUGCAUCAGCACCAGCCCCGGGGACGCCGACGUGCUCACAUUCCGGAUUACAGUGCUGGAUCCCCACGUGGGACGCGGCGGCGUCAAUGGAGCCCGGCUGCCCGCUGCUCUCGGCAGCACGCUGCACCUGCCCUGCACGGCCACGGCUGCCCCGGACCCUGCCGUCACCUGGGUGCUCCCUGAGCACGCAGUCCUCCGCCAGUCUGCUGGAAACAAGCACAUUUUUGCCAAUGGCACCUUGAGAAUACAGGGAGUGACGCAGCGAGACCUGGGCUACUUCCGAUGCGUGGCGGCCAACCGGUUCGGGGUCGAUCUUUUGGUUUUCCAAGUGCUGGCGAGACAGGAUGAAACGGCUCUGAAGGAAAGGCAUGGAGCUGUGGGAGAGUGGGAAGAGGGCUCUGGCAAUGAGCUGCUGCGCCCUGCUGCGGCACAGAGACGCCCCUCAGGCGCUGCAGGCUCCCUGAGGGCUCUCGGGGAACCCGCGGCACCAGCGGCCAGCAGCCCGGGCACACACCAUGGGAACACGCCUCGCUGGCCCCACACUGACAGCACGGGCCGGCGCUUCAGGGGACACAGGAGACAGUUUGUUCCCUCGGGCAGGAGAGCUGAUCCACAGCGCUGGGCAGCCCUGCUGCAGAAAACAAAGAGGAACUCGACGGUGGCACACAAACGAGGAGAAGCUGCGACAGAACCACCCGUUCAAGCCCAUAGGCUCUCAGAGGUACCCGGGGAGGAGGAGGAGGCAUCUGGUGAUCUCGUAUCUCCAGAAGAAGAAUUCAUGAUAGCAGCAACAGAGAGAUCCCCAGUGCCUGCUCUGGGCAGAGCAGCAGAGCUCACCAUCACUGCAGGGCCCAAGGGGACUGAGAAUCCCCCUCCUGCCUGGAGCACCUCUGUUCUGCCCACAGAGCCAAUAACUCCCCUACCCUCACCUCCUCCACACCCUGGGGCACUUGCCAGCAAAAGGCUGCAAACACUUCCCAAACCUACAGACGCAUGGGAAAGAUCCGAUUUGAGUCACAUAUCAGCAAAUGGUGUAAAACAGCCAGCUGUACCAAGUGAGACAGCCACACUCUUCCCUGCUGGGCAAAAGUCAAUACAUUCUGGGGAAAGUAAUAACCAGCACCUAAAUUCUGCAUCCUUGACAGAAGCUACAGGCACCAGCAAUGCUGUAACCCCCCAAAACACAGCAUACAAGUUACAUAUUUUUACUGGGUCUAUUGAUAAUGUCUCCACCGGAACAGAUCACCAGGUCCCUGUGGCGACAGUCAAUGCACCAAGCUCUGAAUUUGGCCCCAUUUAUUUUCAUAGUACUCAGAAAGGAGGAGCCCCUAAUCCACCUGCCUCGACUUCCACUACUCACCUGCAAAUUCAGGUUAUCCAGGACGUUCCAACCCAUCCAGCCCAGCUCCAGCAGCACCAUGGAAGACGAAGGAAAAUUUCUGGUCGGAGACGAAUGGUUAGACCAGGACGUCUCCCAGGCAUGAAGGAGCCCCGGUACAAUUUUGGGAGGCCAGGGUCUGUCAGAGGAAGUACAGCUGUGGCUACAGGUGUUCAACUGAACAUGAACUAUGCAUCAAAUGUACCAACCUUGAACAACUCCAGCAGUUCCAUCAAUCCAUUUAGCCCAGAAACACCCUGGUCCUCCCCCUCCACCAUGAAAAUGCCAUUGGAGCACCCCGUGGGUACCCAUCAAAACACAGCAUUCCUCAGGGAGGAGGAAAAGAAACAUGGUGCAAGGCAAAGAGCUGCUGCCACAGUUGUGUCUGUCACUGCAGAGGACACUGCCCCUACUGCAGCCAGUGGAUUGGGUGUGAAGCCAACGGUCACACUCGUUCUUACUCCUCAAACCAACACCAGAGCCACCAAAAGCAAAAUACUCAGAGUGGGAGGAAGGAGAGGUCAGAGGAGGAAGAGGCCUCCUAAAACACCUGCCCCACGGCGUGUGGCUGCAGCCCAGACUCCUGCGUCACCAGCUGUAAAUCCAAGCCUUGCAGCUGCAAUCCCUGUCCCUGGGAGCAGCAGUGCAGUCCCCAGCACCGAAGCAGCAGCACUGGGGGUCCCCGAGAGCCCCGAGGCGCCUCAGCACAGGCCCACGGCAGCCACACAGACAGCAGCAGCAGCCCCGGGCACCUGGAGGGGCACCCCGUCAGCAACGCCCCUGCCCGGCACCGCGACUGCUCAGAACCCCCCCAUGGCACCCCAAACCCCACCGGGCUCGCACAGGAACACCCAGCGGGCCACGGCACCCGCUGCCAGUCCUGCCCAGACCCCCACCACGGGUGCCCAAGCCUCACCACGGCCGGAGGAGCCCCCUGGUUCCACCAGGGCCGUGCCAGGGCCAGGGCCUGCCCAGCGCACCAGGGCCGGUGCCAGGGCAGGAGGAGAGCCCCGCCUGGCUCUGGGGAAGGGAGCUGCGCGGGAGCAGCAGGCAGCACAGCCCACGGUGCCAGCCGGAGCCGUGCCCGCUGCAGCCACUGCAGCCACUGCCCCCAGCGCCCUGCGCCCCUCCGCCCUGCCAGCCCCCACGGCCGCCGGGCCCGCAGCGCCCCCAAGAGCGCCCCCAGCCCCCCGGGGCCAGCUCCAUCCCCAUCCCCAGCCCCAGCCCCAGGGCACCGAGAGGGGGAACGCGCUGCAGGCACCACAGGUCCCAUCUCCACGGGGACGGGACAGGGACAGCUCCGUCAGUGCCUCGUCUGACAGGAGACAGAACCAAGACACCACCACCCUGCCCAGCCCCAUCACCGCAGGCUCUGCAAGCAGAAACCAUUUCUCCAAGCCCAGAAUAGUCGGAGGGAAGGUGGCUGCUUUCACCGUGCUGGCGGAUUCCGAUGCUUUCAUUCCUUGUGAAGCUACUGGGAACCCCCCUCCGACGAUACAGUGGACCAAGAUAUUAGCAGGGCGCGACGCCGCGGCCGCCGGCGGUGCCAGCCGCUGGUCGGUGCUGCCCAACGGGACGCUGUCCAUCGCGCGGGCGGCGCCGCGGGACGGCGGGCAGUACGAGUGCACGGCGGCCAACGCGCUGGGCUCGGCGCGGCUGCGGGCCACGCUGGCCGUGCUGGCGCUGCCGCCGCGCAUCGCCGCCGCCCGCCCGCCCACCGCGCUCUCGGGGGGCUCGGCGGCGCUGCCGUGCCGGGCGCGGGGCAGCCCCCCGCCCCGCGUCUCCUGGCUGCUGCCCGACGGCUCCGAGCUGCGGCCGGGCGCCGCGGGCCGCGGCAGGGCGGCGGUGCGGCCCGACGGCACGCUGCUGCUGCGGGCGCUCACCGUGUCCGACCGCGGCACCUACACCUGCCGCGCCCGCAACGCCGCGGGCUCCGCCGCGCUGCCGCUGCGGCUGCAGGUGGUGGCGGCGCCGCCCGCCAUCCUGGAGGAGCGCAGGCAGAGCGUGGCGGCGGCGGCGGGGCAGAGCCUGCGCCUGCCCUGCACGGCGCGGGGGCGGCCCCGGCCCAGCGUGCACUGGGUGCUGCCCGGCGGCGCCGAGCUCGGACCGGGGCGGGCGCUGCCCGCCGGGCCGGCCCUGCUGCCCAACGGCACCCUGCUCCUGGGCAGCGCCGGCCCCGCCGACAGCGGCACCUACGAGUGCAUCGCCACCAGCUCCACGGGCUCCGACCGGCGCGUGGUCAGCCUCACGGUGCAGCACACAGACGCGCCUCCCAAAAUUGCCAGCGCCUCCCAGGAACCGACGCGGCUGAGCUUUGGGGACAGGCUGCUUCUGAACUGUACAGCAAGUGGGGAGCCCAAGCCCAGCAUAAUCUGGAGGCUGCCCUCCAAGGCUCUUGUGGACCAGUGGCACAGAAUGGGAAGUCGGAUCCAUGUCUACCCCAACGGAUCCUUGGCUAUUGAGGCAGUUACAGAAAAGGAUGCAGGCGAUUACCUGUGCGUCGCAAGAAACAGAAUCGGGGAAGAUCUGAUCCUGAUGAAAGUCAGCAUCGCAAUGAAACCAGCCAAGAUUGACCACAAACAGCAGUUCAAGAAGCUGGUGCCGUACGGGAAGGAUUUCAGAGUGGACUGCAAGGCCUCGGGGUCGCCCACCCCAGCAAUAUCCUGGGGCCUGCCGGACGGGACGGUGGUGAACAACGCAAUGCUGGCGGACAACAGCGGGCACAGGGCUCGCAGGUACGUCCUGUUCCACAAUGGCACUCUGCACCUCAACAAAGCUGGAAUGGCAGAAGGAGGAGACUACACGUGCUACGCCCAAAACAUGCUGGGGAGGGACGAGAUGAAGAUCCACGUCACGGUCGUUGUGGCAGCCCCUCAAAUAAAGCACAGCCACAAGACACACGUCGCAGUGACAGCUGGAGACACAGCCCUGCUGGACUGUGAGGCUGCGGGAGAGCCCAGGGCACAGAUACUCUGGCUGCUGCCCUCCGGUGAGAUGAUCUCCUCGUCCACAGACAGGCACUCCCUGCACGCCAACGGCUCGCUGUCCAUCGGGCAGGCCGGCCUGCUGGAUGCUGGGGAGUACCUGUGCGUGGCUCGGAACCCUGGCGGGGACGACAGCAAGCUGUACAGGCUGGCUGUGGCUGCCAAACCCCCCAUCAUCAAUGGCCUACACAGGAACAAAACCAUCAUGAAGGUGACGGCAGUGAGGCACUCCAAGAAACACAUCGACUGCCGGGCAGAGGGGACACCUCCUCCCCAGAUUAUGUGGAUCAUGCCUGAUAACAUUUUCCUAACGGCCCCAUAUUACGGGAGCAGGAUCGUGGUGCACAAGAACGGGACACUUGAGAUUCGGAACAUCAGGCCCUCAGACAUGGGGGAUUUUAUCUGUGUGGCACGUAACGAUGGGGGAGAGACUGUGCUGGUGGUGCAGCUGGAAGUCACGGAAAUGCUACGGAGACCAAUGUUCAAAAACCCUUUCAACGAAAAAAUAAUAGCCAAACCUGGGAAGCCUAUCACCCUGAACUGCUCUGUGGAUGGAAACCCUCCCCCGGACAUAAGCUGGAUGCUGCCCAAUGGCACGUGGUUUUCCAGCAGCAUCAGGACAGCCCAGUUUGUCACAGGGAGCAGCGGCACCCUGACCAUCGCCAGCGCCCAGAGCCAGCACGCCGGGCGGUACCGCUGCGCUGCGCGGAACCAGGUGGGCUACAUCGAGAAGCUGCUGCUGCUGGAGGUGGCCCAGCGGCCCAGGAUCCUGAGCCAGCCGGCAGGGCUGGUGCGGGCGGCCAGCGGGGAGCCCCUGGCCCUGCACUGCCCGGCCGAGGGCAGCCCCAGGCCCCGCGUGGCCUGGACGCUGCCCGGGGGCCGCGUGCUGCAGCGGCCGCAGCUCCGCGGGCGGCUCCUGCUGCUGGACAACGGCACCCUGCUCAUCGGGGCGGCCUCGCCCCUCGACUCGGGCACCUACCUGUGCCGGGCCCACAACGACGCCGGGGACUCCUCCCUCAGCGUCCCGGUCCUGGUCGCGGCCUACGCCCCGCGGAUCGCGGGCAGGCCGCCCCCGGCCAUCCACACCACGCCGGGGGUGGCCCUUCAGCUCCACUGCGUCGCGCUGGGCCUCCCCAAGCCAGAAAUCACCUGGGAGCUGCCUGACCGCUCCGUGCUCUCCACGGCUCACCAGGCCCGGGGCUCCGGGGGCGCGCUGCUCCACCCCACGGGGACCCUGCUCCUGCAGAACCCCCAGCCCUCCAGUUCUGGCACCUACAGGUGCACAGCGAGGAACCCCCUGGGCACCGACACUGCAGCCACCUACGUCCACGUCAUCUGAGCCAGGAGCG